GGUGGUACACGGGCUAAGAUGACAUUAAAACAUUCGUCAGGACUGAACAGUGAAAAGUGGUCUUACGGAAUAAUAUAUUAUUUUACGAGUCUUUACGCGAUUUAUACGAUAUCAGCGCAGGAGUGCUUCGACGACGGCAACGAAUUCUGCAUCGAUAAAAACGAUUUGCUAUCUGUGGAUCUUUUGCCUGGAUCGUUCCUCUUCAACGAUCAAACAAUCGACAAUGCUUCCAAGACAACGGUAAACGAAAUUGUGGAUGGAUCUUUUGACAAAGCGUUAAAUGAAAUGGAUUAUCACAGGAAAAGAAUGAACGAGUAUCUUUGUCACGGUUACAUGGCAGAAGAGAUAUUCAAGGAAGUGAGCACUCCUCGAGUGAAACGACGUCCCGAAUCUCAGCCGACCAACAGUUUGGACAAUUUCUUAGGUAACGAUAACGUUACGAUUCAUGAUAAACUUCUGGCGGACGAAGGAAGUUCAAAGUACAAGAAUUGGUUGCAACGGACAACAAUGCUGGACGAUGUGUAUCGACACUACGCACCACACAAAAAGAUGAAGAAGAAACAAGAUGUCCAGCACGACGAUGACAUCGAGGAGUUCGAUGGUGAAAUAACGGGUUACGCGAUGCAAGCUCCUUUGCCGUCUGGAAAAGUAGGCUUUUACGAGCCAUCGCCCGAAGAUGACAUGUUGUCGUCGUCGGGACAUCAUACCUUCCAUUACGGACCUGCAUUUGGUCACCAACAUGGCGACUUCGGGCAUCACGGAGAUUUUUUCCCAUCCAUUCACGAGGAGUAUUAUUACGCGCCGCAACAUCACGAUCAUCAUGACGAGGAUUAUCACAAGCCUUCCUACUUCAAAGGAAAAGGCCACGAUCUUUCAAUUAGGGACUUCUUCGAAAUUGCGCUUACUGCGCUUGCUUUCUUGGCAUUCGGUCUAUUCAUCAUUCAAUUAUUGAUGAAUACCACGAAUAAUAAUCCACCUAUGAUGAUGGCCUCUACCGGUAGGCAACGUUUUAAGAGACACGCAAUCCCUCUUCCUUUGUCAACUCCUAGCAACGAGGACUUGAAUGAUUUGUCCUAUCGCGUUUUAAGAUCCAUUGAAGCAGCUAUGGUCGCCGAAGCAGAUUCCGGUAACUGUCUGCGCAGGAUGCUAUGCGAGGAUAAUCGAUACUCUAAGCGGGCCAAUGAUGGCCGUAGGAUUUGGGUUCCCGUUUGGAGCUUAGGUAUGAGUUGGUUGUCGGGUAAAGUGCUACACAAAAAUCCAUGGUCGGCAAUGUUGGAUUCUGUAAAAGCAUCUAUUCUGGGCUUGGGUGGUGUCGAUUGCGCUUCCUUUUAUCCCGGAUGCGAUCUCGAAAAAGAGCGGACUAAAAGACGUCGCAGAAGAAGAAAAUAAUUGUAAUUUCUAGUUGUUUUGUAUCUCGAGUCACAUCUCGAAAGUACUAUUCAGUUAAAAAAUAUUGCAUCGAUUGGAACAAGUAAUCCGAAGACUAAAGUAAUCCAAGAUGAACAAAAGUUCCGCCGCAUGCUGGAACAAUUUUCCAGCCCAAAAUGAUUUGAUGAAUACGAAAAACAUGUGUAUAGUUUUCCAUCACUUUUACUAUUAUUUAUCAAAGUUAUAUGUUAUCGUUAAAUCAUGACGUUUAACAAAUUUCGAUGUUUACAAUUUGUUGCUUGCAAAAUAUAAGUUAAUCAAUAGCGGGAAACACUCAGCGUGCAAGGAUACAAGAGGAAAAGCAUAAGAAAUAAAAUUUGUUGCUCACUUAAAUUUCGUCCUGGAACAUUUUCUAAAUUUGGUGCUCUCGAAAUGAUUUUACACCAAUCUUUUUAUUGUAGUUGGAAAUAUUAAAAUAAAUAACACAUUUGUGAGGGUUUUUUUAAUUCAGUGUGAUUUAAUAUAUGCGUACACAGCGACAUGUGUAUAUCACAUAUAAAUAUAAUUUAUCUAUUUAUUAAUGCUAACAAUUGUGCAAUAAUUGAAUAGAUCCAAUCGAUGUCAUACAAUAAACAUAAUGUAUUGUAUGUAUGUA